AUGGGGCUGUUCGGUACACCCGAGGAGAUGAAAGGAAAGUACCUUGAGCGUGCCGUUGGCGCGUUCGGGGGAAUCUAUGGCAAUUCCGCAGAAGAAGCGUUGUAUCCAGUCUAUAAUGUGGAUGCUCAGGGCAAUCGGCUCGAUCCGACGAAGCAGGCCUAUGCGUUUCGAUUUGCCAGGAACUCCUUGCCUCCGGUUGACGCCUUCUGGUCGAUCACGAUGUACAACGGCGACACUCAGCUUCUCGUCGCGAAUCCACUGCAUCGCUACCUGAUAAAUUCAGCGAUGCUGCCUGAUCUCAAGACGAACGAUAAGGGCGAGAUUGUCAUCUAUAUGCAGCACAAGAGCCCCGGAGUUGCGUUGGAAUCGAAUUGGCUGCCCGCACCCGAUGCUCCCAUGGCCGUGGUAAUGAGGCUUUACCUGCCCAAACCUGAAGUACUCGACGGCCGCUGGAAGCCACCGGUCAUCGAAAGACUUUCUUGA